AUGGCGGCUCGCAAAUUCCAGAGACGCGGCAGUGGCGACUCCAACUUCAGUCACCAUGAUCACGACUUUGACAUGGAGCAACGGAAUCGCGAAACCAUCAAGAGCAACGCCGAGCGACAGGCCGCGCAGGAGUUGGAGAACGCCAAAGUAAGGGAUGCAUACAGUAACAUUGCUUGAUUUUAAAAAUUAGGCUGUUCAAAUAAUUCUGUGCCCUCUAUCAAAGAAAAUUUUUAGAUUAACGGGCUCAGAAUUACUUGAACAACCUGAUACAAUAUACAAAGUAAUUCUCUGUAUUAUUAAAUUUGCUUUAAAAAACUAUUUUUAAAUUAAAAAUUAGUAAAAGUCACGAAGCGACCAGUCGCAACUGCAGGCGAACACAAAAAAGGUGAUUCUACGAACUUCUUGAUCAGGGUAUUUUAAUAUUAAUGUUGACAUGGUUUUGUCAUAAUAUUGUGACAACUUUUGUUGUUCUUUCCAUAACAUUUUCUUGAGUUAGACUAGAUUGUGGACUGUUUUUGGCUAUUUUCUUGUUUAAAACCUAAGAUAAUAUGCGCAAACUUGGUUGUAGUGGCAUUAGUAUUGUGCCUUGUGAUAAGGAUAAGGUAAUACUAAUGAUGAUAUUAAUUGAGAUGUGAUUUGAUUUAAAAAUUAUUAAUUUUGGCGCCAAUUAUAAAACUUUUAAGUAAUACUUAAAAUUUGAAAUUGAAUUUUUAAAACCUUUUCAAUUUAUUUUGUAAUUUUAGAUCGUCUUAGGCCAUAAAUUGACGUUUUUUGUUCAUUUUAGUACAGUCCGGUGCUAUUCGCAGUGUGUACGAACGUGGAGUUCGAUGGCUCGAUCGAUGACGAUUCGCCUGUUCAUGGCUGUGCCGUAUCGUUCAAGCCCAAAGAUUACCUUCACAUUAAACAGGUCAGUCUAGUUAACCUAUUGUUUUCUUUAUUUAGAUGGUUAAGGCAUUUAAUGGCUAUGGUUAAGCAUAAAUGACAAGGUAUACCUUCAAUGCAAGGCCAAAAAGACCUUAUUCUUACGGGGUGGAGAGAGUUUUAGAAUUAUACUUUAGUUUUUAUACAAAACUAACUUUCAGAAGUACAACAAUGACUGGUGGGUGGGUCGACCGGUCAAGGAGAACCACGAACUUGGGUUUAUUCCGUCGCCAGUCAAGCUCGAGAGCAUACGACAACAGAACUCUAAAGGCAAAUUGUGAGUUCAAAACAAAUGUUACUCUCAUUUACACGAAAUAUUAAGCUGUUAAAAUAAUUAUGUGCCCCCUCUUAGAUGCAAAUUUUCAAACUUGAAAAGUAUGAUUACAGUAAGCAAUCGACGAGUGCUACGAACCUGGGUGCUUUGGAUAACAUGAUAAACAAAGGUGCGGGCGGGUCGCGGGGGUCGACGCCGCCAACGCCCGGCAACGAGCUGGACGAGGAUGAUGGGCAUAAGAAGAUACAGAGCAUGGUAACUACCCCGCCCGUCCAGAAGGAAAAGAAGAAACUCAUGUUCAAAAAAGUAAGCUAUCACAAUAUCAUCUUAAGACAUGAUAAAAGGGGUGGUAAUGAUAUUUACAAUAGCAUUGAUAUGUAUAGUUGCAUGCAUAAAAGCGCCGUAUUUUACAAUACCUUCACCAUAAACUGUAAAAACAAUGGUAUAUUACAUUACCUUAUCCCUUUACAGCAAGAAAACCUGCCUCCGUACGACGUAGUACCAACAAUGCGACCAGUAGUCCUAGUGGGACCAUCGCUGAAAGGGUACGAAGUGACGGAUAUGAUGCAGAAGGCGGUGUUCGAUUACCUGAAACACCGCUUCGAUGGUCGUAUCAUCAUAACACGAGUAACUGCAGACAUUUCACUUGCCAAACGUUCCCUUCUGAACAAUCCCUCAAAGCGUGCCAUAAUGGAACGUGCCAAUUCACGGUCCUCUAAUUCGUUGGGUAGGUUGGGGGAGGAGCGGUACACUAGGGUAGGGAGGGUAUGGUAAGGUAGAGUGGGGUAGGGUAGAGUAAGGUAGGGUACGGUAAGAUAAGACAGGGUAGGAUACGGUAAGUUAGAGUAGGCUACAGUAGGGUACAUUAGGAUACGGUAAAGUAGGAUAGGGUAAAUUUGGGUAGGGUAUAAUAGGGUAGAGUAAAAUAGGAUGCGUUGCCCUACUGUAACUAGUACUUUCAAAAUUUCAAAAAAAUUCGGGCCUAGUCCUCUAUACCUACAACAGCCGAAACCCUGCUAAUAUGCAAAUUUUCAGCUGAAAUUCAAGCCGAAAUAGAGCGGAUAUUCGAAUUGGCGCGCAACAUGCAACUAGUCGUCCUUGACUGCGACACCAUCAACCACCCCUCCCAACUGGCCAAGACCUCCCUCGCCCCCAUCCAUGUAUAUAUCAAGAUCAGCUCGCCGAAGGUGCUCCAGCGCCUGAUCAAGAGUCGAGGGAAGAGUCAGAGUCGGUCGAUGAGUGUACAGAUGGUCGCGGCCGAAAAGCUGGCCCAGUGCCCGCCGGAGAUGUUCGACGUGAUACUGGACGAGAAUCAGCUGGAGGACGCGUGCGAGCACCUCGCCGACUACCUCGAGAGCUACUGGCGAUCCACCCAUCCGCCGGUCAGAAGUCCGCCCAGAAUCAAGAGAGGGCCCAUGGCUAACAGAGGUCCCUCCACGCUUUACACCCCUGCUCAGAUGAUGAUGGGUGUGCCGGUGAGUGUUAUAUUGAAAAUGUCAUUUUAAAAGGUUUUGGAUGGCUACACGGUGCAAACCCUAAUUUUUUGAUUAUUUCAUGGUACACUCGGUCCUAUACCUAUAAGCAGCACUAGUACUGUUUCAAAAAGCUAAUUUCCAAAAGAAUUUUUUAACUAUAGAAGUUGAAAAUUUGAUUUUUUUAAUUCGGAAUGUGAAAAGUUGAAAAAAAUUUUUUAAUUUUAACUUCAGGACUCACGAUACCCAGGCCCGAAUCUGUCAGCCACGCCAAACGCUUAUGCUCCUCAAAUGCCACCGCCUCAGGGCAGUCAAGUUCGCUUACCUACAAUUGCAGUUGAUCAGGUAGCUCAUUAACACAAUAUCCUUAUCCUACAGUACUUUUUAAACCUUACCCGACCUUAUGAUAACUUUCAAAACCUAAAUUUCAUAUCAAUCUAGCCACCAAUCCUUAAUUUCAGCCCAACUCCUCAAUGAACGGCCAACGUGACAUGCCCUACCCGGUCGCACCGCCCUCGACGCAGCGUACCCUGCCCCCACAGCCAAAUGAAGUCAACGAGUACGACGCGUACGACGAGGAGGACAUGCACGCGCCUCGGGCAUUCUCCCCCAAUCAGGGUGGUGCUUAUCGAUAUUAG